GGCAUUUCCAGGAGCAAUUCCCUCACCUCCAAGGCGACUGCGCUCUAGGAAUCACAUUCCGUUCCUUUAGAAGACAAAGGCGCCCAAGAGAGCAGCGGCGCGACCCCAGGGCGUGGGCCCCGCCGCGGAGCCCGCACUGCCCGACGCCCCGACGCCGCGGACCAUGUCUCCCGCCCCUCGACCCUCCCGCAGCCUCCUGCUCCCCCUGCUCACGCUCGGCACCACGCUCGCCUCCCUCGGCUGGGCCCAAAGCAGCAACUUCAGCCCCGAAGCUUGGCUGCAGCAGUAUGGCUACCUACCUCCAGGGGACCUGCGUACCCACACACAACGCUCACCCCAGUCACUCUCAGCUGCCAUUGCCGCCAUGCAAAGGUUCUAUGGUUUACAAGUGACAGGCAAGGCCGAUUCGGACACGAUGAAGGCUAUGAGGCGCCCUCGCUGUGGUGUUCCAGAUAAGUUUGGGACUGAGAUCAAGGCCAAUGUUCGGAGGAAGCGCUAUGCCAUUCAGGGCCUCAAGUGGCAGCAUAAUGAGAUCACUUUCUGCAUCCAGAAUUAUACCCCCAAGGUGGGCGAGUAUGCCACAUUCGAGGCCAUUCGGAAAGCCUUCCGAGUAUGGGAGAGUGCCACGCCACUGCGCUUCCGAGAAGUGCCCUAUGCCUACAUCCGGGAGGGUCAUGAGAAGCAGGCUGACAUCAUGAUCUUGUUUGCUGAGGGUUUCCAUGGCGACAGCACACCCUUUGAUGGUGAAGGAGGCUUCCUGGCUCAUGCCUAUUUCCCAGGCCCCAAUAUCGGAGGGGAUACCCACUUUGAUUCUGCUGAGCCCUGGACUGUCCAAAAUGAGGAUCUAAAUGGGAAUGACAUCUUCUUGGUGGCUGUGCAUGAGUUGGGGCAUGCCCUAGGCCUGGAACAUUCCAACGACCCCUCCGCCAUCAUGGCUCCCUUUUACCAGUGGAUGGACACCGAGAACUUCGUGUUGCCUGAUGACGAUCGCCGCGGCAUCCAGCAACUUUAUGGAAGCAAGUCAGGGUCACCCACAAAGAUGCCCCCUCAACCCAGAACCACCUCUAGGCCCUCUGUCCCAGAUAAGCCCAGAAACCCCACCUAUGGGCCCAACAUCUGUGAUGGGAACUUUGACACCGUGGCCAUGCUCCGAGGAGAGAUGUUUGUCUUCAAGGAGCGAUGGUUCUGGCGGGUGAGGAAUAACCAAGUGAUGGACGGAUACCCAAUGCCCAUUGGCCAAUUCUGGAGGGGCCUGCCUGCAUCCAUCAACACUGCCUAUGAGAGGAAGGAUGGCAAAUUUGUUUUCUUCAAAGGAGAUAAGCACUGGGUGUUUGACGAAGCUUCCCUGGAACCCGGAUACCCCAAGCACAUUAAGGAGCUGGGCCGAGGACUGCCCACGGACAAGAUUGAUGCAGCUCUCUUCUGGAUGCCCAACGGGAAGACCUACUUCUUCCGGGGAAAUAAGUACUACCGCUUCAAUGAGGAGUUCAGGGCAGUGGACAGCGAAUACCCCAAAAACAUCAAAGUCUGGGAAGGAAUCCCUGAGUCUCCCAGAGGCUCAUUCAUGGGUAGCGAUGAAGUCUUCACAUACUUCUACAAAGGGAACAAAUACUGGAAAUUCAACAACCAGAAGCUGAAGGUAGAGCCAGGGUACCCCAAGUCAGCUCUGCGGGACUGGAUGGGCUGCCCUUCGGGGGGCCGGCCCGACGAGGGGACUGAGGAGGAGACGGAGGUGAUCAUCAUCGAGGUGGAUGAGGAGGGCAGCGGAGCCGUGAGUGCAGCUGCUGUCGUUCUGCCGGUGCUGCUGCUGCUCCUGGUACUGGCAGUGGGCCUUGCUGUCUUCUUCUUUAGACGCCAUGGGACACCCAAGCGACUGCUUUACUGCCAGCGUUCACUGCUGGACAAGGUCUGACCCCCACCACUGGCCCACCCGCUUCUACCACAAGGACUUUGCCUCCUCCGAAGGCAGUGGCAGCCGGUGGUGGCAGGUGGGCUGUUCUCACCCAUCCUGGGCUCCCUCCCUCCAGCCUCCCUUCUCAGUCCCUAAUUGGCUUCUCCCACCCUCACCCCAGCCUUGCUUCAUCCAUAGGUGGGUCCCUUGAGGGCUGAGCAGAAGAUGGUCUGGCCUCUGGCCCUCAAGGGACCCUCAUAGCUUGGUGUGUGUCCAACCCUAUUUGAAUGUUGUCAAGGCUCUGCACUUGAAGGCAGGACCCUCUGACCUUACAGGCAAAGGCCAAAUGGGGUCAUCUGCUUCUCUUCCAUCCCCCUAACUACAUAUCUUAAAUCUCUGAACUAUGACCUCAGGAGGCUUUGGGCAUAUGAGCCCUAUACGUACCAAGUGUACCCAGUUGGCAGCCUCCCGUCACUCUGACUAAAAAGAAUCUUCAGAGUGCAUAUUUGGAGGUGGAAAGAUUGUUCAGUUACCCUAAAGACUUUGAAAGAAAGAAA